AUACAGAUAGCAUAUAUUGAGACACCAAUCAUACAUGAGUUCUAAAAAAAAAAGACACCAAUCAUACAGACAGUAAAGCCCAAAAAUAUGCAAAUCAUUUAAAACUUUCCCUCCCAAUUCCCAAAUUCUCUUCUCCUUCCCCGGAAAACACUCUGUCACUGAUUCAUCGCAUUUAAUUGUUUUCACGAUAAUCUCAUGAACCCAAUUUUCAAUCUUAAAAAACCCUCUUUUUUUUCUUCUUCUUCUUCUUCUUCUCCUCCCCCAGUUCAAAAUCAAAACCCUCCUUUACGCAUAGCGGAUAUUUUACAUUCGGACGACGACGACGAGGAGGAGGUGCAAGUUUGCAUCUUUAAGGAGAAACCUCCAAUGGGUGGUUCUAAAGAUUGCCCUAAUAGCAUAGACUGUUCCUCUCCCCGCCGGAUUGUAUCUAGGUGGAUCGCUGGAUUGAGACGGUGUAGAGUGAAGAGAGUGAAGGAUGAAAGUGAAUUGAGUAAUUUGACUACGCAGGAAAGUCGUUCGGUGAAUUGUCUCAAUGAAUCAGAAACUGGGCAAAGUAGCAGGAAUGAUAGUUCCUUCAACUUAGGAGUUGGGUGCGGUCUUCUAUAUCUAAUCGCCGUGAGUAAAACUGAACUUACUAAGAUGAUUGAUAUGAGGAUGCAAAUGGAAGCACUUCUCCAAAGUACCAGACAGGAACUGCUUAAGAAAGAGGAACUUUGUAAGGCUGCUGAAUCCAAUGAUGUAUUUGCCUAUUCUGCUAUUAAGGGUGCGGAAACUCCUGAUGUAGAAAUUCUGGUUUUAGCCGAGUCUUCAAGGGUUACAGUUUGUGAUCAGUCUUCGAAGUGGGAAACACCUGAAAAAGAAGAGGGAAUGGGUCAACUCGAGGCGGAGCUUGAAGCUGAAUUAGAACGUUUGCAAUUUCACUUGGAUAGGGAGAAGUUGCUGAAACAUCCAGAGCAGUUAAAUAUAAAGAAAUGGCAGGUCACUGAUGAGCACACUGCCUCCUCUAAGAGCCAGACUAUAAGUUCAGAAGUGUUUGACCCUCAACCGCAAGAGACAGACACAGACUGCGGAGUUUCUCCAAAUGAAUUGGAGCGAAGAUUGCAUGAAUUAUUGGAAGCAAGACAGCAAGAACAAAUAAGAGAGCUGGAAGCCGUCAUAGAAUCUCUUAAAGACAAGCUUUAUGAGAAAGAAUUGGAAGCUUCUUGGUGGAAAGGCACGGCAAGGUUCAUUUCACGGCAUGCCAUGGAACCUUCAGGGUUCACUUCCCCGCAUGAUCCAAGACUUAUCACUCUUCAAGGUGAACAUAAAAUUUGUGACAAAGAGAAAGAUGCUAAUUAGAUAACCAUGUGUGUGUAACUGUAAUUGGUGUUUGAAUAUGAAUUGCUUUUGCUCCGAAAUUGUAAAUUGCAUAGUACCUGAUAUGAACCGCUCAAUGGCAAAUGAGUAGUAAGUUAAUGCUCA